AUGGACCACAAAGAAGCACAGAAUGUCGAAACGACCCAUUCUUGUUUACCCCCAGUGGAAAAGCACCGUACAGGUCACCUUGUCCUGGUCCCCCAGCCUAGCACGCGCCCCCGGGACCCUCUGGUAUGGCAGAAGACCCUCGAGCAUCAUUGUCCCAAAAAAAGACUGACUAGAUCCUUCCAGAACUGGCCUAUUACUCGCAAAUAUGUAAUACUGGCCGUGCUAUGCCUUGCAUCCUUCUCCGGCGCCAUUGCCCCUUUAUCGGGGCAGCUCAAUCUGGCUGAUCAGGAGAAACUAUACAACAAGACGAAGCUGGAGGAGUCCUAUGCUAAUUCAGCCGCCCUAGCCGGCAUGGCAGCGGGGCCAUUCUUCUUCGCCCCGAUAUCGCACAUGCUCGGUCGCAGCUCGGUGAUCUUCUGGUGUGUGCUAUUCACACUAGUAUGCCAGAUCUGGGGCGCUGUCAUGACAGAUCCUGGUGACUAUAUCCCAUACGUGAUCUCUCGGCUCUUUGCCGGCUUCUUCGGUGCUGUGCCUACAGUGCUUGGCCCUCGCAUAGUAACCGAUCUAUUCUUCUUGCACCAGCGAGGUCGCGCUUUUACUGCUCUGCAUAUGGCUUUCUUGUUUGGAACGAUUGCCGGUCCGACGUUCUCGGGUUUUGUUUCUGCGCACUCCUUUUUCCCUGUUGAGUUCUGGUGGACGGUCGGUCUGCUGGGGUUCUCACUUAUCUGUUGUUUCUGUCUCCUUGAGGAAACUGGAUUCGACCGUGAAUGCUUUGAAAGGAACCCUGAUGUCCCCGCUGAAAUUUUGGCUAAUAGAUUCGCUACUUUCUUCUUUGGGCAGAGGGUUGUCUUGCCGACUACCUGGAAAGAGACGGCCAAAGUCGGAAUCACCCCCUUUCUAAUUGGCAUGUGCCCUGUGACAAUCAUUAUGGGAAUAUUCACACUAAUUUCCUUUGGCUUCUACGUGGGUGUGAACGCACUCACGCCGGUAUGGCUCCAGAAACCCAUUUCGGAAGGUGGAUACGGGUUCUCACUAGAACAAAACGCGGCAUUCACGUUCUGCCAUUGGAUUGGCAUCAUCGUCGUCCAAUUCUACGGCCACUAUCUGAACGACCGGCUGCCGCUCGCACUGGCGCGACGGUACAACGGCGGUGUCUGGAAGCCCGAGUAUCGACUGCAUGUCCUGUGGCUUCCUAGUCUUGUGAUCAACCCUAUCGGCCUAGGGAUCUUCGGUGCCGCUUUGCAGUAUCAUUUGCACUAUAUGGUGCUCGCGCUGGCAGUUUUUAUUGUGACUGUUGGGUCGCUGGCCAGUGUUCCGGUCACGGUGAAUUAUGUUGUCGAGUGCUUUACGCGGUAUCCGGCUGAGGCGGGUAUUGUUAUUGGUGCUUAUCGCAUUGCAUAUGGAUUGACAAUUAGCUUCUAUAUCAAUCCUUGGGUUGAGGCUGUUGAUGUUGGCUGGGUUUAUGGUAUGAUGGCUUUCUUUGCGGUGUUCUCCUUCAUGUUUGUUAUGUUGCUCAUGUGGAAGGGUCAUGCUAUUCGCAAGAUUCAGUUUGCAAGUCUUGGAUCUAGCGAGGAGGGCGAACGGUUGAUAGGUGCAAAUUCUGUGUCUCACCUCCUUUUUCCUCUUUCAUCUCUUCUAUGCACUACAUUGCGAGAACACGACGGCACUCUCUCCUCGACGGGACAACGUUGUUGUCUCGCAAUCUACCACAACAUGCAAGCCACCAAAGAAGCGUUUGCAAAAUGCAAGGCCAAAAGCUGCGCUGCCUUGAUCACCUACGUGCCGGCUGGCUUUCCCACUGUAAGUGAAACACCGGGCAUCAUGCCGUCUAUGCAAGCCGGGGGUGCAGACAUCAUCGAACUCGGGAUUCCUUUCGCAGAACCCAUGACCGAAGGCCCAACCAUCCAGCAGGCCAAUGCCAAGGCCCUCGAGAACGGUGUUCAAUUUUCAUACAUCCUGCAUAUGGUCCAGUACUGCGACCCUGUUCGCGCAUAUGCCUACGGAGAGGAGAAGCUACUUCGAGACUGCAAGGCUGCUGGUGUAGAUGGGUUCAUCGUCGUUGAUCUCCCUUCAGAGGAGACGCCUCGGUUCUGUGUUCUGUGUAAAUCCAAGGGGCUAUCGUACAUUCCCCUCGUUGCCUCUUCCACUCCGGAGGCUCACAUAAAGAUGCUUUGCGACAUCGCCGACUCAUUUGUUUGCGUCGCAUCUCGGAUAGGAGUUAGCGGAACCCAUGAGAAGCCUUAUGGAUGUGUAGGAGACCUGCUCCAUCGUGUGCAUGCUUACGCUGGAAGCUCAGUCCCAGUAGCUCUCGGAUUCGACGCACCGAUCUUUUACAGAGAUAUUGAAUCUCGCCCUUCGCUCACUUUAUCAAUACCCAUGUUAAACGCCGUUUACUACGAGAAGUCCGAAUUUAUGCCCAUCGAAAACCUCAAGACAUUCGACCCCUUCGCCAAAGCCGACGGAGACACUGGCGGCGACAGAGAGCGCUGCGGUAUUGACAAUCGACAAUAUUUUGUCGAUAUUGCUCGUCUCGCUGAAGUAGUUGUCAUCGGCAGCCCAAUCAUCCAGAUACUGGGAAACACGGCUCCUGGAACUGGUGCUAAGAAUGCCAAGGAGUAUGGCAUUAAAAUUGCUGGACGUACCGAGGAUCAAAUUGUCAUAACCGAAAGAAGACAGCAAGCUGCCCAACCCUUAUCUUCCACUACUAUCUACCUUUCCUACAAUGGAGCAGAUGAUACACCCGAAGACACCGACAAGUCCACCAACCCCAGAGACACGACUACCCAAUUGAGAACCUUCCGCGACCAAUACGUCCCAGUAUCCCUAAUGGAAGGCCUCACCGAACUAAAAACCGGCUUCGAGGCAGCAAAUGCAGACCCGCCCUUCUGGACCGAGGUAAACUCCUACCCAACAUACGCCAACCGACCCUCCUCCCUCCACCUAGCCCCAUGCAGGCGGAGCACGUAUCUGGCUGAAACGCGAAGACCAAACCACACAGGCAGUCACAAGGUCAACAACCUCCUGGGCCAAAUAAUCCUCGCACGAUGA